AUAUGGCAAUCCGCUUUAAGCACUCUGAAUCCAAACCCCACGGACAGCUGUCCUCUCUACCUGAAUUACGCCACUGUGGCCGCUUUGCCUUCCAGGGUCAGCCGGCACAAUAGUCCAUCUGCAGCUCAGUUCAUCACCCGCCUGGUUAGAAAUUGCCUUCCAGGAGGUGUCAACAGAUGUAUUGUUAUGGUCUGUGAGCGGUCUGAAGUCUUCGCUUCUGCCUGCGCCUUGGCCAGGGCUUUCCCGUUGUUCACACAUCGGUCCAGUGCAUCGAGACGCACAGAGAAGAAAACUGUAACGGUAGAGUUUUUCCUUGUUGGACAAAACAAUGGACCAAUAGAAGUGGCAACACUUAAAUGUCUGGCAAGUGCUACGGAAGGAGUCAGGCUGGCUGCUCGAAUCGUGGACACCCCAUGCAAUGAGAUGAACACAGAUAACUUCCUGGAGGAAAUCAAAAAAGUUGGCAAGGAUCUUGGGAUUACUCCUACCAUUAUUCGGGAUGAGGAGCUGAAAGAGAGAGGCUUUGGAGGUAUUUACGGAGUUGGCAAGGCAGCUCUGCAUCCUCCGGCCCUGGCAGUUCUCAGCCACACUCCAGAUGGUGCUACACAGACCAUCGCAUGGGUGGGCAAAGGUAUUGUGUAUGACACUGGAGGACUCAGCAUUAAGGGAAAGACUACUAUGCCUGGAAUGAAACGAGACUGUGGUGGAGCAGCUGCUAUUUUGGGUGCCUUCAAAGCCACUGUAAAGCAAGGUUUUAAAGACAAUCUUCAUGCUGUUUUUUGUUUGGCUGAGAAUGCAGUCGGACCACGUGCAACGAGACCUGAUGACAUUCAUGUUCUUUACUCUGGAAAAACUGUGGAAAUCAAUAACACUGAUGCAGAAGGUAGACUGAUACUGGCUGAUGGAGUAGCUUAUGCAUGCAAAGAUCUGGGAGCGGAUAUCAUUCUGGAUAUGGCCACUCUUACUGGAGCUCAGGGAAUUGCUACAGGAAAGUAUCAUGCUGCUGUCCUUACCAACAGCGAAGAGUGGGAAAAGGCUUGUGUUAAAGCUGGCAGGAACUGUGGAGAUUUGGUUCAUCCUCUUGUGUAUUGCCCUGAGCUCCACUUCAGUGAAUUUACCUCUGCUGUAGCUGAUAUGAAGAACUCUGUGGCAGAUCGAGACAAUACUCCAAGCUCCUGCGCGGGGCUCUUCAUUGCUUCUCACAUUGGCUUCGACUGGCCUGGGGUCUGGGUCCAUAUAGACAUUGCUGCGCCUGUUCAUGCGGGUGAACGAGCCACUGGCUAUGGCGUAGCUUUGUUGCUGUCCCUGUUUGGAGGAGCAUCUGAAGAUCCUUUGCUUAACAUGGUGUCCCCUCUAGGGUGCAAUGGAGACUCUCCUGCCGAAGAUAUGGAGAGGGAUUCCAAAAGGCGGCGCCUGGUUUAACGUGUCCUGGCCCUGCGUGACGGGGUGCGGGGGUUACCUCACUUUGCACUGAUUCAUUCUCAAGCAAUGAAAAUGUCACACGUUGGAAAUGGCCAUUUUUUUUUUUACUAUCAUUGUCUCUGAUAAAAACAGCCUGAUUUCUUGAGUUUUUUUUUAAAUUAUUGGUGCACACAGUUGCU